CUUAAAUAUUGACACCUGCUAUAUACCUGUAUAUUCACGUACCAUCUACCCCCAUCGUCUUCCAAGUGCCGUUUAAAAUGACUCAAGAUAAACCAGCCGUCGUCUGCGUCUUCUGCGGCGCAACAGCAGGAAAAGACCCAGUACACCUGGAAGCAGCCCGGGCUCUAGCCUACGAAUUCCACAAAAACAAUGUCCAGCUCGUAUACGGCGGCGGCACCGCAGGACUAAUGGGCGAGAUCGCAAAGACACUAGUCUCCCUAUCUGGUCCAAAAGCUGUGCACGGUGUAAUCCCCCGUGCACUUGUCAAAGUAUCUGCGAAGAACGGCAGCGAGAAGACCUCUGCAGCGGCGGGAGGCAAAACAGCUGAGCGAGUCGUCUCCGAAUCCUUGGACGGAGAUGAAAUCCCCGAGUCAGAAUACGGGGUUACGACUAUCGUCCCGGAUAUGCAUACGCGCAAGCGGCUGAUGGCGACCAAGGUUAUGGAGGGUGGACCUGGAUCUGGGUUUGUCACGCUGGCUGGUGGGUUUGGGACGAUUGAGGAGGUUAUGGAGAUGACGACGUGGAAUCAGUUGGGUAUUCAUCGUGUUGGAGUCGUGUUGUUGAAUAUCAAUGGCUACUGGGAUGGAUUGCUCGCGUGGGUGCGCAAUGCGGUCAAGGAGGGGUUUAUCAGCGCUGAGAAUGGGUCGAUUUUGGCUGAGGCGGUUGAUGUAAAGGAGGUGUGGCCUAAGCUGUUGGAGUAUCGGUGUAGCUCUGGUCGGUUUCAGUUGAACUGGGGUGAGGAGUGAACAUACCUUGUAGAUUAAGGUAGAUGGAAAAUUACUAGAACUAUGGAUUUGUAUAUAGCGGGCUCUGCCGAUAUGCCCCCAGAUUGGUCCGUCGAGCGCCUCUCCAUAGCGGCACCGUCUUCUGGCCCUUGUAAAGCUUGAGACGCGUUCUUGGGAGACAGUCGCCAUUAUCGACCACGUGAAAACGUAACACUACCGCUUUAGUGGCCUUAAAGCAGAAAGCAGCUAAUUC